CCCUACAAAAUUGGAAAAAUUUGACAGCGAGGGAAGGGAAAAAACACGGCACGCACCACACAUUUAUUUUUUUACAGGUUCUCACCGUUUUCCCGCGCGAAUUGGCAGCUAUUUUUCAGAUCAAGCAUCUGUUGGCGGGAACGAUAUUGCAAACUUCCAAGUUUUGUAGACUUCUCACGCUCUCCGUAUUAUCUAAUUAUUUAAGAAAGUUACAAAAAAUCAAGAAACAUGGAAGGUUUUGAAGUGGAUCAACGAAUGAAAGAUAUUGAAAGGGAAUAUCUUGAUUUCUUGGAUGAUGCGGAAGAUCAAGGCAUUUACACGAAUCUUGUGAAAAGUAUGAUUGACGAAAACAAAUACAGACUUUACGUUAAUAUUAACGACCUCCGACGAAAAAAUCCGGUCCGGGCGAUGAAUUUGGUGGAAAAUUCUUUCGAGGAACAAAUGGCUUUCCAUAGUGCAUUGAAGCAAUUUGUAAUGAGUAUCGAUGCAAUUUAUGCAAAAGGAAACACAGAAUUUUUCAUUGGCUUUGAAGGAAGUUUUGGCAACAAGCACGUUACUCCAAGGACUUUGACUUCCAGGUUUCUCGGAAAUCUCGUUUGUCUAGAAGGCAUUGCAACAAAGUGCUCUCUUGUUAGACCAAAAAUUGUAAGAAGUGUGCACUAUUGUAGCGCAACAAAGACUGUGAUUGAAAGAGCUUACACAGAUUUGACAUCGUUCGACGCUUUCCCAGGAUCGGCUGUGUACCCAACAACGGAUGAUGAUGGAAAUCCGUUGGAAACAGAGUUUGGUUUAUCCACUUACAAAGAUCAUCAAACUCUGACAAUUCAAGAGAUGCCAGAAAAAGCACCUGCAGGUCAAUUGCCCCGCAGUAUUGAUAUUAUUUGUGACAACGAUUUGGUGGACAUUUGCAAACCUGGUGAUCGAGUUCAGAUCGUUGGUAGCUAUCGAUGUUUACCAGCAAAACAAAAUGGAUACACGACAGGAGCUUUCAGAACGGUCCUAAUUGCCAAUAAUAUUACGCAAUUGAGUAAAGAAGCCAAUUUGACAAUAUCUCACGAAGACGUGGCGAUGUGCAAAAAAAUGGCAAGAAACAAUCCACGAAAUGAUAUAUUCGAGCUUCUCAGCAGAUCACUCGCACCCUCGAUUUACGGUCAUGAUUAUGUGAAAAAAGCAAUUUUGUGCCUUCUUCUGGGUGGCGUGGAAAAAAACUUGCCGAAUGGAACCCGGCUCAGAGGUGACAUAAAUAUUCUUCUGAUCGGUGAUCCAUCAGUGGCUAAAUCUCAACUGUUGCGUUACGUGUUAUGCACCGCGCCAAGAGCUAUAGCAACAACUGGACGAGGUUCCUCCGGCGUUGGUUUAACAGCGGCUGUUACAUCUGAUCAAGAAACUGGAGAGCGUAGAUUGGAAGCUGGUGCUAUGGUGCUCGCCGACCGUGGCGUCAUUUGCAUUGACGAGUUCGAUAAAAUGUCAGACAUUGACAGAACUGCAAUCCACGAAGUGAUGGAACAGGGUAGAGUGACAAUCGCUAAAGCUGGAAUUCACGCCAGUUUGAAUGCUCGUUGCUCCGUUCUUGCUGCUGCCAAUCCCGUUUAUGGACGGUACGAUCAGUACAAAACACCAAUGGAAAAUAUCGGGCUUCAAGAUUCAUUGCUUUCUCGUUUCGAUCUUCUGUUCGUAAUGUUGGACGUCAUAGAUUCCGAUCAAGAUCACGUGAUCAGCGAUCACGUUGUGAGAAUGCACAGAUAUAGAAAUCCAACCGAACAGGAUGGCGAGGCACUUCCUCUUAACAGCGACGUGGAUAUUUUAAGUACGAAGAAUCCUGAUUCUGAGAGUGUACAAGAGAACGAUAAUCCAAUUUUCGAAAAAUAUGAUCCACUUUUGCAUGGAAAAUCCAGAGCGAAAACCGAUCAAAUAUUGAGCAUUAAAUUCAUGCGAAAAUAUAUUCACAUCGCUCGAUGCAUGAAGCCAAAACUCACGGAAGAAGCGAGCAAAACAAUUGCCGAUGAAUACUCGAGACUUCGAUCGGAAGACAUGGUUGAGUCGGACGUUGCGAGGACACAACCGAUAACAGCUCGUACAUUGGAAACGCUUAUAAGAUUGUCAACGGCCCACGCGAAAGCUCGUUUGUCGAAAAAUGUGACGAUCGACGAUGCUUACGCGGCGAUCGAGCUCGUUCAGUUCGCAUAUUUCAAACGCGUACUCGAGAAGGAAAAGCGAAAAAGACGAAGACGCGACAGUCAGGAUGGCGAGGUCAGCGAAGACGAGGAUGAAUCGAGAAAAUCUAAACGCACAAGGAAAGAGACAACUGCACGGGGCGAGGGUGAGCAAGAUCCUUACGAGUACGGGAGCGAUGAUGAUUCUCACGUCGACGUUGCUGUUCGAAGAAUCACGCGUUCUACAGCAGCCACCGAAACUCUCACGGAAAGUCCAGCCACUACUGGAGAAUCACAAGCACCAGAAUCAAUGGAAAUUGCAGACUCAACACCGGUCACCAUCUCUGCGGAAAGAUUCAAAGUUUUCCGAGAAUCCCUGAAUAAAUUGUUCCGUGAGCAGCGUGAACAAUCCCUACCAAUGUCGAAGGUUCGAGAAUACAUAAAUAAGCAACAAUCGUCUGAAUUCACAUCGGGUGAAAUAACAGCUGCGGUUAAUCAGAUGACGGACGCAAAUCAUGUUAUGCUUGCGGAUGAUCAAUUAUUCCUGAUUUAAUUAUCUAAAAGGUGAACAAAGUUUUACUCCAAUGAAUUUGAAGCUACGAAUCAAUUGUUAAUUUAUCAAUUUUCCACUGUAAAAAAGAAAAAUAUACAUUUUUUACUCUUUUAUAA